UCCAGCUGCUGCCCGCACCCCCCCGCGCAGCCCCACGCGGUGGCACAGCCCUCGGAACCGACGGUUCUGUGACAUCAGCGCCGCGGACAACGGGCAGCGCUGCGUCGUUAGCGGUGAAGCCUGACGCGAUGGGCUGCCGUGAGACGUCGGGAGCGAUGCUGCUGCUCCUGCUGCUCCUCGUGGCCGCCUGCCGGCCGGCGCACAGCUUCUCCGGCAGCUGCGACACCUGCGGGCUCCGGCCCCUGGCUUAUCAGUACGGGGGAACGCGCGUCGUGGGCGGCACUGAUGCCCCACAGGGGGCCUGGCCGUGGAUCGUUAGCCUGCAGAGCACAUGGUAUGUCGGCACCGGACACAUAUGCGGAGGAUCCCUGAUUACGCCGCAGUGGGUCCUCACAGCGGCGCACUGCUUCGACCACGCAACCCCUGACACACCGUGGCACGUGGUGAUCGGUGGCCACGAUCUGAAACGCCUGGGCCCCGAAGCGGUCGUGCGCAACGUGGUGCGGGUAAUCCCACAUGAGUACUAUCACAGGAACACCAUGGCUAACGACAUUGCACUGCUCGAAUUGGACCAACCCGUCCAGUGCAGCUACUACAUCCAGCUGGCCUGCGUGCCCGACGCCUCGCUGCAAGUGUCAGAGCUCACAGACUGCUACGUCAGUGGCUGGGGACACAUGGGGCUGAGAUCUCUACAGGAAUACGUCGAACCGUACCGUGUCCUGCAGGAGGCCAAGGUGCAGCUCAUUGACCUCAACCUCUGCAACAGCAGCCACUGGUAUGCUGGGGCUGUCCAUAGCCACAAUGUGUGUGCUGGUUACCCGCAGGGCGGCAUCGACACCUGCCAGGGCGACAGCGGUGGUCCUCUCAUGUGCAAAGAUAAAACUGCUGACUACUUCUGGCUCAUUGGUGUGACCAGCUGGGGGAAAGGCUGUGGGAGAAUACAGCAGCCUGGAGUCUAUGCCUCCACUCAGUACUUUCGCAACUGGAUCCUGGUACAGAUGGGAUUGCUUCCAGCAGAAACGCCUACUUCAACACCAUACCCAGUCUAUACCUCAACCUCCUACCACAGGCCCAAACCAACGUACUCAAGCCCAUUUAGACCGUGCCCAUUUCCACGCCAGAAAGUCCUGGAUUUCUUUAAUCUGCUCCAGGAGCUCCUGCAGGGUUUAAGAGGAAAGAAAGCUUAAUUGGCUGCAUGGCCCACAGCAGGCUGCAAAGCACCACGACCCUUUUCUUUGGGAUGAUGCCCAACGGCACCCCAAGUGCCAAAGCCCUGCUCUGUCCCAUCCAUCCUCCUCUGACUGCACACAAACACUGAAGUUUACUUGGUUGGAUAAAUAAAGCUUAUUUUCACAGCUACCCGUGUCUCUGCUCAGUUCAAUCUCCUGUGCCAGGCAAAGGCUUCCACACCCUGCAAUGCAAAGCAAAGCUGCGUGCAGACUGCAGGCCACAAAAAGGAGAGAGUGGCCCACAAGGGCUGAAAUGGUGCCUGCUCAGGGAGGGGGGCACAAUG